CAUGGUAACAAUGACAGAAAUACUCGUGACAUUUUGAUACUUGUAAGUAAUAAAUUCGCAUUUGAAGAUAUAGUAAAAUUCUUGGUACAAAUGUCAAUAAUAAAACUAGAAAGUGGUGAUGGAGAUAGAUUUGAUAUUGACAUGGAUGUCGCGAAGUGUUCUGUUAUCCUGUCAACCAUGGUUGAGCACUUAGGUAACGUCGACGACGAGAUUGUGCCUUUGCCCAAUAUAAGUUCAGUGAUCUUACAAAAGAUAAUCGAUUGGGCGACUUAUCACAAAGACGAUCCUCCACUUCCAGAGGAUGAGGGCAAGGAGCGAAUUAGUGAUGAUAUUUUGGAAUGGGACGCAAAGUUUUUACAAGACGAUCAUCUCACUAUAUUUGAUUUGAUUUUGGCUGCUGAUUUUUUACAAAUUAGAGGACUCAUCGAAUUAACAAGCAAAAAACUGGCGAACAUGAUGAAGGGCAAAACAUCGGAGGAUAUUCGCAGAAUAUUCAACAUUGAAAACGACUAUACUGAAACAGAAGAAAGAGAACUAGCUGAAUUUACAGAACAAAUAAACUAUUUUAAAUAUUUGUUGUUUGUUUUUUUAUCUCAUUUUAUAUAACUGUCAAAUUUGAGU